ACACCUCUCGGAGAAUGUCGUCGUCAUACACGUUUGCAUCUGGGACUGUGUCGUCAUCGGCGGCGUCGUCUUCGUCUGCCGAGGGCAAGUCUGCGCCGGACGGACUCGUCCUCGACCGGGAUGCGCUCUCGCCUGAGCUGCAGGUGAUUCUGGACAAGGUGGAUCGCGAUGGUGAUGGUGAUGUGGACGUCAACGAGCUGCUUAUGGCGUUCCAGGAGCUGCAUCACACCAAGCAGUCGAACAAGCGUCUCGUGCGCAUUCUCGCCAUCGGUGCGGUGCUGUUCACGCUCACACUCGGAGUCAUUUUCGCGCUCUCUGUGGCGGCGGCCGAGCUGGCCAAGGACACCAGCGUCAACUCUUCGGGCAACUCGCCGUCGGUGAUGCGGACCAAGUCUGGCGGUGGCGAGUACGCGUCGACGGUGCGGACGGCAAGCGUGACGCCGGCCGUCUCGGUCGGCGAUGGUGAGGAUCCGCCGGAUCACACCGCAAGCGCACGUGCUCUGCGCGCGCGGUCGGCCGAGGGCAUUGCUAUCCGAGCCGCCGGCGGAUUGGACAAGGCCGAUCUCGACAACAUGUGCGAGGCGGCCGAGACCGACACGUCGGACGAGUACUCGUACGACACUAGCCUCAUCUUCGCGCGGGUUGACGCUGUGACGCAGAUGCGGAACAACCCGACGGCGCCGUUUGCGCUUUCUCUUCCGUCGGCCGCCGGCGACGCCAUCGUCGAGUUCAAGGUUGUCGGCAUGGCGACGUUUGCCAACAUCACCGUGCCCGGCGUUGACGCCCAGGUCGAGCUCGAGGUCACCGACCUCGGACUCAAGUCGGAUCCGGAUGCUGUUGCCCGCCUCUGCUGCGACGCUGUCAACUGCGCGUACGCCAUCGGCUCGCCGCAGGACAGCCUCAUCAACGAGAACUUUGUCAACGGCACUGCAGUCGCCGAGCCGACGCCUGAGGACACCGAAACGACCUCGUCCCGGUUCAUCCUCAACCGCUUUGCCUCGUACGUCCCCAUCGGCACUGAGCACGAGGCUCUCGCGGACCGCGACCUUUCGACCCGCGCCGCGCUCUCGGCUUCGCUCCUCGCGUUCCUGCGCGACGAGUGCGAGGGCUCGCAGUGCCAUGUCCAGGGCCGCAUGGAGGCCAACAACGUGCUCGACGACACCGGCGCAUUUGUGACGGCCAAGAAGUUCUCGGCGAUCGCCACUGGCACGACGAUGGAGAUUCCCGAGGGCACCCAGCUCGUCUGCCCGCACACCGACGUGGUUGACCAGGCUGGCACCGCCCUUGGGCGGCUCAACGAUGGCCUUGCCACCAAGCUCCGCGACUCGAUCAAGCGGUUUGCGAGCGUGUACCGGACCGCUGGCAACACGGCAAAGGCCGACGAGUACGAUGCGCUUGCCGAUACGGUCCACGGCUACAUGGAGACUGCACUGACGAGCUCGAAGAUUGUGUGCGAGGGCGCCAACACGGUCAUCGCCGGCAAGACCUUUACCGGCAUGGACCUCAUGAUCUUUGGCGAGACCGAGGACGAGACCGCUGUCUUUACGCCUGCGACGUACGGCGACACGACGCCGAUCACGUUCUGCACCUGUGCCCUGGUUGAUGGUGAGGAUGACGGUGAGCCCGAAGAGGAGGACGAUGGGACGACGGCGCGCGGGCUUGUGGAGACCCGCCGGAGCCGGUUCCGCCGUCGCCGUCGCUUCCGCCGCCGCCGCCGUCGCCUCCGCCGCAAGCGCCGCCGUCGCCGUCGCACUCGUCGCACCCGCCGCCGCCGUCGCCGUCGCCGCCUCCGCCCCCGCCGCAGGUACCGUCGCAGGUACCGUCGCUUCCGUCGCCGCAUCCGUCGCCGCUCGCCGCCGCCUCCCCCACGCAAGCCGCGCAAGCCGUCGCCGUCGUCGUCAUGCUGCUGCAAGUAACUGUCGUCACUACGACCCCAGCCACAACGCAAUGUAGCC